AUGUUCGUGAUGGAAAAAACGAAAUCGUUAAACUUGCGGUACAACGAGAUGUGUAAUGACUGGGACGGUUUACAUGAUUGCAUAGAUCCCAAGAAGUACGAGCACGGUCAGUUGGUGCUGUCUUGGAAAAGACUGAACGUGUCGGUAGAAAAAAUUACACAGAAGUUUUUUCAAAAAUCAAAAAUCACUCGCCAACAAAUACUGUACAACGUUAGUGGAAACGUACAAUGUGGAAAUCUUCUUGGAAUAAUGGGCCCAAGUGGUUCGGGAAAAACUACUUUGAUGGCCACCAUAAGUCAUCGAACUAAAGGAAAUUUUGAAGGAGAACUGUUACUGAACGGUCGUCCGGUAUCCGAAGAAGUGAUGAUUAAAAUAUCCGGUUUCGUUCCACAACACGACAUCACUUUUGAGCAGCUGACGACUUUGGAACACUUGUAUUUAAUGGCGAAUUUAAAAAUGGAUCGCCGCACCACCAAAACCGCGCUAAAAGCUCGCGUCGACUAUACGGUCAUUGCACUGGGCAUGCGUGAAUUUCUGGACACCACUCUGUCGAUGUCAUCCGGCGGUGAACGUAAGAAAGUCGCACUCGCCGUCCAGCUGCUGAACGACCCUCCGAUACUGUUUUGCGACGAGGUCACUACGGGCCUGGACAGCUAUUCGGCCACGCACAUAGUCAACACGCUAAAGCGGAUCGCGCGAACCGGUAAAAUCGUGAUCUGUACAAUCCACCAGCCCGCGUCCGGCGUGUUCGACAAGUUCGACGAAAUCGUUUUGCUGUCCAACGGACGACUGGCGUACCAGGGACCCGUUCCAAUGAUUAAUCAACUGUUUCAAAAAUUUAAUUACAAAUGCCCUGAUUUGUACAACAAGGCAGAUUUUGUGAUUUCUAUUAUGAAUUCCGAUAAUGAACAAACAAAAAGGAAUGUUGAUGAAAUGUGCAAGUUAUCUUCAACGGACAAACAAACGGAUCUUAAUUAUGAUUUAUUUAAUGACCAAAUACUAUUGGAUUAUACUCAACAUUUACAAAUACAAAAACCAUUAUGGAUUACACAGCUAAUAUUGAUUUUAAACAGAUCUAUCAUAUGUCUUCUAAGAAAUUACAAAGUAAAGCUACUGGAAUUGGGAACUAUAAUGUUUCUUGGUGUCAUAUUAUCAACGCCAUAUCUGGACCUGAAGUUUGAUACCAAAGCCGUACAAAAUUGGCAAGGGUUUUGGUUCAGUCUAAUUACGAAUUCUAUUUUCCAAUAUUGUUAUACGUCUAUUAUAACCUACCAAGCAGAAUUUCCAGUUGUCCAUCGAGAAGUCAGUAACAAUAUUUAUGCAUUGAGUGUAUAUUAUAUUUCUCAAAUUGUCAUUACGUUCAUUUGGACAGUUCUUGAAACGAUGAUGUACACAUAUUUGGUGUUUUGGGUAGUAGGCGUUAACUGGGAGCUAUUAAUUGUGACAACGUUCGUGAUAAAUAUGUUGAUAUGUAGAUCAUAUGGUAGUGUUCUAUCAGCUUUUUUCGAUAAGUUCGAAAACAUUGUUAUAUUUUCAUUGGUGUACGACUAUCUUGCAGUAUCUCUUUGUGGUGCAUACAUUUCACUUGGAACAUUACCAUUUAUAUUGUAUUAUUUGAAAUAUUUUUCAAUAUUUUUUCUUGGCUGUGAAACAUUAUCUAUAUUACAAUGGAAAGACAUCACAUUCAUACCAUGCCUAGAUGUUGAUAACUGCUUGCGCGACGGCAAGGAAGUCUUAUUGAGUUACGGCUACGACAUUGAUCGAUUCAACACGGAUAUCAUAAUUUUAGGAUCCUUUUACGUUGUUUUGUAUAUGCUUGGAUAUUACGGAUUACUUAGGAGAACAAAAAAACAACCAGCUUAUUGA